UGCGUGCGUUACUGCCGGUAGCUUCACACGGCGAUUUAAGCUGAGCUGGCUGUUGGCUGUUCCUGUCGACGACUUUCUCUGAGUGGGAGCAGUCGCUGUAGCCAGGAAGGAUUCUUCACACCGAGUGGAAAGCACCCCGUGUCAGUCUGCUGUCCGCAUCUCACACCAGUCGAGUUUAACUUUAUAACAAAAAGGAGUUCCAGCUCUGUGAAAUCGACGCCAUGGACCCCGCCAGUCAAGAUAUCAACUUGAACUCUCCUAACAAGGGCCUCGGAGUCGAUCGCUCAGACAACCUGUCCGAUGUGCCGGUGGAGGGAGCAGUGGGGAACUCAGCCAACCCUCUUCCCCCAGGCCUGACAGAGGAGGAGGCUGAGGAGCUUCACACUGAGCUCACCAAGGUGGAAGAGGAGAUCAACACCUUGCGUCAGGUUUUGUCAGCCAAAGAGAGACACGCCACAGAGCUGAAGAGGAAACUUGGCCUCAGCCCGCUCAAUGAACUCAAGCAGAACCUCACCAAGAGCUGGCAAGAUGUACAAACCUCCAACGCAUAUCUGUCUGCCUCAGCCACUUUGGAUGACAUUACCCGCUCUGAAGCAUACAAGAAGACUCAGGAGACUCUUUCCCAGGCAGGACAGAAGACAAGUGCAGCUCUCACCACAGUGGGCACGGCCAUCAGCAGGAGGCUGGGCGACAUGAGAGCUCUGCCUUUCUCUAAUUCCUUUAGUAGCAACUAUUCCAUUCGCCACUCGAUAAGUAUGCCGGCCAUGAGGAACUCUGCAACCUUCAAGUCAUUUGAAGAUAAAAUGGGGAACCUGAAGUAUAAGGUCGUCGGCCCCAGAGGGAACGGGGACGCCGUCAGCUCCCCCACCGACACCACCCCCACUCAGGAGAACCCACCUUUCUGAAUGCUCCCCACCUCCUCCUCCUCCUCCUCCUCGCUGCCACCUUCCUCACGACACUUAGACUGUACUGUUACCACCUCUCAUCGCAGAGUCAGCUCAGACCUUUGACUCUCCACCUCAGCGACUCGCCGCCACUCGUUUGCCCCGAGGUCUGUAAACGGCAGCAGGCAGAAGUGAAGGACUCGUGGUGUCUGAGGUGUCAGCUUUUCCCUGCCAGCCCCAUCACCGCUGGUCUCAUGGCCUCCACUCUUCUGCCUCGCUGCUGACAAAAAUGUUUUGUUGAUGUCUAAACCUGAAUAAUUUACCAACCUCGCUGGGUGACAUCACUGCCGCCUGCCUCCACGGUCUCCCGAUUAAAAAUCCAUUUGUUAGUCCAAAUAAGUUGACACUCCUCCUUUUUAAACAAACUUGGCUAAGUAAAUGGCUAAAAAGGCAUUGAAAGAUGUCUCAAACUCUGCAUCUUUAAUUUUGGAAUUGAGAUUUCUUGACACACUGGUUGUUUGAGUGGGAGUCUGAUAUCUAAAAAUUUACUCUGCAGGUGUAUUUAGAUUAUUAUUUUUUUGCUCCCAACUCAGAGUUUAGUGGCUAGAGUUUGUUCAGACUGAGGGUGGAGGAGGAUUUUACGGGCAUAAUAUAAAUGAUGGUGUAUUUGCUGGUUAAAUCUACUAUUGUCGUCUUCUUAUUUCUGACUACUAUCAUCUACUUAAGUGAUGCAUUCACACUGUGAGCACGUGCCCCGCCUGUUUCUCAAACUUAUAUCCGGUUUGUUUCACAGCUCUGCGGCUACAUCGCAGGUUUAGCGGUUUGACUUGGGAAGGGGGGGGCCAGGAUCCAGGACAUCUCCUCCUGCUACAUGCAUGUGCAUAUCUCAUCUCAGUUGUACCAUACAAACCAUGCAAACACGGCCGAGGUCUCGCCCUGAAAAAACCCCAGGAUGUAAAAACAGAAAAAAAACCAUUUUGUAUUAUAAACUAUUUUACACUGCUUUGCAUAAUGUUUUUACAUAACUUUUAUCAAUAUGUAUAAAUAUAUAUGAAUAAAUAUAUUGUCACCGAUACUGCCAAGUGGUAGUAAUCCGGUUGGGAGGAUGGAGGAAAAAAAUAAAAGCGGCACAGGGAGGCUGAACAAACUUUAAAAAUGGGGGAAAACAAAGAAACACUAUGGGUCAGUUUCACAGAUGUCACUUCUUUGUCUGUCGGGAGUUGGGUUUUUUUCUGUUCAAAGUACAUUUUGGGUCAAAAAUAACGUUUGUGAGACUGACUCAUGAAUGAGUUGCAGCGUUUUUGUACCUGUCCGGGCACAAGACGAAUCAGACCGAGGUGGGAAGGAACAUAGUCGACUGGUUUCAAUCAAGAAGUCAAACUACUGCUGCUUUCGAAUGGAACUUGUGAGCAUGUAGACGCUACUGGGGCUGAUAAUUUAGCAAGCUAACGACUAUAACAUCAUGCAUAUGCAGAACAGUUUCCUCAGAUAUAUAAAAGUAUGAAGAAAAAAUAACAAAAUCUAAAGUCUUUUACUAUUUACCAAGAAAGGACCUCUACCAUUUCUGGAAAUGGCUACAAACUUAUUUCAACUGCUCUACAGGGUUGUGAAAAGAGAGGCUGUGUUCACGGGGAUUCUUAAAAGCGUGAAAACCCUCUGAAACCACCUCGACUGUGUUUCUUGGUCGCCCAGGUUUGGCUGCUGCUCCCUUCUUUUUGUUAACAAUGUGAGACGAUGCUUUGCUGUGUACACUACCUGGUGAAUGUCGACGCUUCUCUAUCGGCCUUACUCACUUUUAAUGGCUCACCUCUUAGUAUAAUUUAGCUGGUAGAAAAGAAAUGGCUGUUUUGUUCCGUCUUUGUUCUGUUUUUGUUCAUUUUUUUGAUUUAAGUCGUUACAGACUGCUUUGAGUGAAGGAAGGGGGAGUAAGCUUGAAGACAUUUAUGGUGCGUUCUAAAUCCCAUGCUUUCUUUGUCUUUUUCCGUUCAGCUGCUCUUGCAUAAAGUACGCAUCCAACUCAGACUUCGUCGUAGAAUUGCGGCUUAAGCUUUGACCAUCUUGCUUAGAGAACCGUCAGUCUGUAGUGCGAAACGAGCUAUCGCGCUGGUUUUACAACACACUGUGACCGUUGCUGCUGUGCAAAGGAUUGUGGGUCAGCAUGACCAGCUUUCACACUGCAUCAUGCAAACAGAUGUAGCAGACAUACUGGUAUUUUUGCCAUAUCAUUCAUUCUUUUUCUGCCAUACCAUACAGUAUGGGUCUUUGAGCGCACCCUUAAAGUCUGACGGGCCACAAUUUGUUUCAUGUCACUGUCGUAGCAGAAACUUUACAAACGCACUCCUCUUAACACACGUUGAACACCACUAAAUCGCACACACGCUGCAUGAAGCCAAACUAACACGAAACGCUCUUACCCUUGUGAAGCCUGCACCGCCUCAGAAACCGUGACAGUUCCCUGGAUUGUGUAGCACUGUCACUUUUCUCCUGAAAUAGAAGUUGUAUUCUUAGUUUUCGUUUUUCUGUUGUAGUGAAAUUUCCCAACAACAACAAAAAAAGUGCACUACUACCAAAUAUUCUCCUGCAAACUUGCCAAAUUUGGCUUAAACUUGUUGGUCUUCAGCCAUUACUGCAGUUUUUUCAGGACAUCGCAGGCAUAUUCACCUGUUAAAACAACAGAAACAUGUUGACAGGUGUUUUAUUGUGGGAUCAGAGUCAUACCUUUAAACAUUUUGGAAUGAUCUGCCUAUAAAACAGCUGAAAAUUAAUGAAACAGAGGAAUGUCUAAAUGAAAAAGUUGGACUACAAUGAACAAAUGUGAAAAAAAAAAUCGAUUUAUGGACUCGACUUCCUGUCAGACUGCUUCAAAACUGUUGCCAGUGUAUUCAAAAGUGUGGGUUUUUUUGUUUUGUAUGUUUGUGUUGAUCAUUUUGGUAGAUAAUAUAUUCCUGUUAGCUGAUUUAUUAUGUUUUCCCCUCAGUUUGAAGACUUCAGAGAGGAUUUAUUAUUUGUUGUUAUUAGUGCACCAUCAGUUUAAACCAGCUUGCCAAUAUUUAAAUAUCUGUUACAGAAUCUCUUUCUGUCUGCGUGUCUCAGCUUUGCCAAAAUGAAAACUCUCGCACACUUCAAGAAAUGCUCAUUUGAAGUCAUUUAUUUUAGUAUUGGCUCCUAAAAUCAUCUGUGUUUUCUUGUACAAAGUGAAGAAAUUCAUUGCGUGUGAGGAAAAAUAUGAUUUUUAAGACUGAAAUAAAUGACUUUUCUUGCAGUGUUGCUGUUGCCUAAACGCUUCAAAUCAGUUUUUGGAGACUGAUACAUACAAAAGGGUGAUUUAUUUUGGGUGCCAAUGGGAAGUGCAGCACAUGACCAGCCUGCUCAGAGCCGCCGCCGAGGCUGGAGGACAGUAGAGUACUUAUAGCUUUAUUUAGAUCCGGGGCCUAGCUGAUGUAGAUUGUUAAAAGGGAUCAGAUUUGGAGGGUUAUGGUGAAUGAAUUAAAAGCAUUUUUUUGGUUUUUGUUGUAUAUGUUUGGAUAUCAAUAAAGCAUUCCUUUAAAUGAAGAA